UUUGAAUUUUUCGUAGUAAAUCUAUUAAAAUGAAAAGUAUAAAAUUAUUUUGGGGUACCGUUUUGCUAUUUAUAGCAAUAAUUGGUGGAGCAAACACUUAUAAAAUUCUUGGAAUAUUUCCUUCAAUGUUGAAAUCUCAUUUUUUCAUCGGAAGCUCUUUAAUGAAAGGACUAGCUGAGAAAGGACAUCAAGUUACAGUUAUUUCUCCAUUUCCACAAAAGAAACCACUGAACAAUUAUCACGAUGUUGUAACGUCCAAAGUUUUGGACAUUUUUAAAGAUCGAUCGAACAAUACAGUUAAUAUGCGAGAUAAUACUUUCAUUGACUCUAUUAAAGAAGUGUAUGGCCUUGGAAUGGUUAUAACAAAUAGCACUUUAUCUGAACCAUCCGUACAAAAAUUGCUAGCAUCCGAUGAAAAAUUUGACGCUGUCAUAUGCGAGGUUUUUGUAAACGAUGCUCUCUUUGGCAUUGCUGAACACUUCAAUGCACCUUUAAUUGGCUUGAGUACAUUCGGUGCUUAUCUAUGGAAUACCGAACUGGUUGGAUCGCCAUCUCCUCCGUCAUAUAUACCAAGUGAACUUCUUCCAUUUGGCCAACACAUGUCUCUGUCAGAACGUAUUCAGAACCUCAUUUACAAAUCAAUCGAAUACUAUUUUUAUAAUUUCGAUUUUCUGCCAAUUCAAGAAAAUCUUUUCAAUAGAUAUUUUCCAAAUUCUAAAUUGGGUUUGGAUAAAAUACGAAAAAAUACAGCAUUGAUUUUGUUGAAUUCACAUGUGUCGUUGGGUCAAUCAAGGCCAUAUGUGCCGAAUAUGAUAGAAGUUGGAGGAAUUCAUAUCAAUCAAAGCCAAAAGACAGAACUUCCUGAUGGAAUAAAAAAGUUCUUGGACGAUGCAAAAGAUGGAGCUAUUUACUUUUCGAUGGGAUCAGGAAUGAAAAGCUCUUCGAUGUCGAUUGAAAUACGAGAAGCUAUCCUUGGAACAUUCAAAUCACUUAAGCAACGCGUAUUAUGGAAGUUUGAAGACACAAAUUUGCCUGGAAAAAGUGAAAAUGUAAUGAUCAAAGAUUGGUUCCCUCAACAGGAAGUUCUGGCUCAUCCAAAUGUUAAGAUUUUCAUUACCCACGGGGGUUUGCUGAGCACAUUCGAAACGAUCUAUGUUGGAAAACCAAUUAUUGGAAUACCCAUGUUUGCUGAUCAGUUCAUGAAUACGGCACGUUCGGCUGCUGAAGGAUAUGGCAUUGCUUUGGAUUAUACAAAGCUCAAUAAAAAAGUCUUUACAGAGGCAAUUAAUGAAAUGUUAAACAAUCCAAAGUACACAAAGAAGGCGAAAGAAGUUUCGCAAUUGUAUCGUGAUAAGCCAUUGCAACCAAUGGAAUUGGCUACAUAUUGGGUGGAAUUUAUUGCCAAGCAUAAGGGUGCCCCACAUCUUCACAAUGCCGGACAAGAUCUGAGUUUUAUUCAGUAUCAUAACGUAGAUGCUCUUUCGAUAUUAAUUGGUGGUAUUUUAUUGAUUGUAUUGUUAGUAAUUUUCGUUUUAUAUAAGUUGAUCAAGACUUUGAUCGGAAGGAAAGAUAGCAAAGUAAAGGAGAAGGCGAAUUAAUUUUAUUUAAUAUAUACCUAUAAAAAAUUUUUAAUUUAACCAAAAAUUGUUGUUUUUUUGUUAAUUCCUCAAAUUAUAGCGAAAGAAAAAUUCAAAAAUGUUUACUACCACACGGAGAAAAAAUACCACAUAAAAACA